AUGACGGACGACUCCUCCCCGGGGGCAUACUUCUCACCUCCCCCUCCCGCUGAGGUUUACGGUUUAGUCGAAAACCCCGCAGACCUCGCAGAGGCUUCAGACGAGGAUGGAAAAGCUCACGAUAUCUAUCGCGGGUCGCCACCAACCCCGGCUUCUCCCCGCUCGUCCUCACCAGCACCCUCCGCUUCUACCUCUUCUUCCUCCUCCUCCAGCUCCAGCUCCAGCUCAUUCGGUGGUCCACUUGGCGCGAUUUCUGCUGGGAUUGAGAAUGCGAUCUCUCGUUGGGCUCGCGCAUGGAAUUCCAGUUCUAGUCUCUCAUCCUCCACUUCCUCAUCCGCCUCCGUUGUCACCAAGUCUCGCCACAGAAAACGACGUGCACGUAGUAUCAACACCGUCCACAACGCACGCUCGGAGCGCGAGGUCGCAGCGCGCAUCCGCGCACGGGAAGACCUCCGUACAAUCCCGCGCGGCUUCGUUUUGUACGCUCCUCCACUCCCCUUGACCCACGCACGCCCUGCCAAAGCGCAGCCCACUUCCGCUCGCAAGGCUGCCCGAGCCGCGAUUCUUCAAGACCCCAUUCUUCGGACGGCAUCUCUUGAGGAGUUGACGGCGAGGCUGAGCGUGGUAGUGCGAGAGCGGGCGAAGGCGCGGCGCACGCGGCCGGGACCGGAUCCAACGCCUUCGUCAGUGUCGGCAAGUUUGCCCGCGUCGCGCCCACUGUCACCGCUGUUUCAAGACUAUAUGCUUUCUGGAGUAGCGGCCCAUGCAACGUCGACUUUGCCACCAAGGGAAUCGCGGGCAGGUCGGAAGGGGAAGCAGAAGGAGGCCUCACCGCAACUGGCUCAAGUGGUGACGCCCCCUCCCGUGCUCUCACCGGCGUCGACUCCAACGCUUCCCGAGCCACAGCGUGCUUCACAGGCGUGGUGGCUGGAUAUAUCGUCGCCGACUUGGGAGGAUCUAUGCGCUCUGGGCAAGAUGCUUCACUUGCACCCCCUCACUCUGGAGGACAUUCUCACGCAAGAUCCACGCGAGAAGUUGGAGCUGUUCCCCAAGCUCGGCUACUACUUCGUCUCGUUCCGGGCAAUUGAAAGCCAGAAGACCAGAGACCGAGUGCGGAAUUUGCUAAGCGAGGACGAUCUUCUUGCCAUGGACGAGAGUAUUCUGGCAGAAGUCAAUAUGUACUUGGUUGUCUUCCGCGAGGGCAUUCUAUCGUUUCACUUUUCUGAUAUCGACGAGCAUGUGGACCGAGUCCGCCAUAGAAUCAUGCUUCUAGGAGAUGCAGCGAGCACCUCGUCAGAGUGGAUCGCCCAUGGCCUCAUGGACUCGAUUGUCGACUCUUUCUUCCCUUAUCUAGACGUCAUUGAAGCUGAAGUUCUCGACAUCGAACGUCUUGUCUUUUCCGCGGGGGAAGCUGAGGGUGAUCAGAAAGCAGACGGGGUCCUUCUACCGUUGGAAGAGGAGAAGGGCAUUUCCUCUACGUCAUCAGAUACGGCAUAUGCCAACGAGAAGCCAGAUCCAACAGCAUUUUCAGAUAAGGGUUCUUUGGUCGACUGUGCCAGAAUAUCCACUAAGACAAAACCUCGGUUUGUUCACCCCACCGACAUUCCACUCAUGAUUCGUCGUGCCCAGCGGCUCCUUUCCCGGCAACUCGCCUCUAUCCCUCGCUUCAAGUCCAUCGACAAGAGCUCGCCGGAGCAGACUCGGUCUACAACCACUGUCCACCGGAUGGCACGCAUUCGGCGGCUGGUCACGUCUUUGACACGGUUUCUGGCAGUCAAAUCCGAAGUCGUGGCACAAGUCAAGAAGAGGUUGCUCGCGAAGGGUGAAUGGGGCCUCAGGAAAGGUACAGACGAUGAUCUUGACGUUUUCGUGUACAUGGGGGACGUUCAAGAUCACAUCCUGACACUCCAACAAUCGCUGGCGCAUUACGAACGGAUGCUCAGCCAGUCUCAUCCUACCUAUCUGUCUCAGCUUCGGCUUUCAGUCAGCAAAGCGAAGUCGGGCAGCGAUAAGGCCAUUGUAACGCUCACGAUCGUGUCCCUGGGUGUUCUGUGUGUGCAGACUGUCAUUGGUGCAGUGUCGAUGAAUUGCGAAGUGCCUCACAAUGACAUAGCCGGGGACAACUACACAGCGUUUGGCCUGGUGAUUGCCCUCGCGUUGGUGGUUAUCGUCACGUACGGGUUCGUAGUUCGUUUGUGGUGGAUCAGGGCCAGGCGACGGCAGCUGGUUAUGUCAUAA